UUCUGUCCGAUAUCAGGCAAGGCUUGUCAGUCAAAGACCAGUUCUUGCCAAGCAGCUGAUAAAUACGAAAAGAUGUGCAUGUGUUUAGGGUUGCGCCCUGCUCAAAGCGCUGGGGCUUACACUUGCAUCAGUUGGAAGAGCAGUGCGUAGGGAACGUCUCCAAUGGCUCCUCAGUACGCACCGAGUCUGCGAUCCCGUCUGGCACCUUUGCUGCUUUUUCUGCAGAUAGGCUUCAUAGUCAUAUAUGCCGUUUACGUUGAGAUCGAAAGCAAUAUAAAAGCAUAUGGGACUACCUUCAGCAGCUUUUACGCAGAGUUCCAGGAUGUGAACGUGAUGGUGAUUCUAGGUUUCGGCUUCUUGUGCACUUUUCUAGUGCGAUACAGUUACAGUGCCUCUGGAUUCAACCUUCUUGUAGCUGUCAUGGCCACUCAAUGGGCUAUCAUACUCAAUGGAAUUGAAUCCUGGUAUUACAGAGGAAAGAUCAGGGCAGAUUUGAGAAGCUUAGUGAUUGCUGAGAUGUGUACAGCCUCGGCCCUUAUUUCAAUUGGAGCCGUGCAGGGGAAGACCAACCCUGUCCACCUCGUCCUCAUCGCCCUGCUGGAGGUGUCAGGCUUUGUCCUGAAUGAGUGGCUCCUCCAGACUCUGCUGAAGGUCCCGGCAGUGAACAGCAUCAUGUUGCUUCACAUCUUCGGGGCCUUCUUUGGACUCGCGCUGACCUGGAUCCUGUUUCGGAAAGGAUCCCUGCAGCCUUUCGAAAAAGAGAAAUUUGACCGCCAAACAGGAUUAUUCUCCAUGUUGGGGUCUGUGUUGCUCUGGAUGUUUUGGCCCAGUUUUAAUUCAGUCCUUGUGGACAAUCACAGUCCUGGGAGGAAGCUGGGGGCCGUGUGUAGCACCUACCUGGCCCUGGCUGUCAGUGCUGUAACAGCAGCUGCUGUGUCUGCGCUCUCCAGCCCUAAAGGAAAACUCAACCCGAUCCAUAUGCAGUCAUGCAUCCUCGCUGGCGGUGUUGCUGUCGGGGUUUCCAUGUCAGUGGUUCAUCAGCCAUGGGAAGCCAUGACAAUCGGAUUCACUGCGGCUGUUGUAUCAACCAUUGGACUGAAAUAUCUCAAGACGCACAUGCUGCUGGCAUUCGAGUGCCAUGACACCUGUGCUGUCCUGAGCACACACGGACUCCCUGGUCUACUGGGAUGGCUGGCACAUCUCCUGCUACAGAUAAAAGCCGGCGACGAUCACACAACGGCUAUCCGGUUUGCUGUAAUUCACAUUUGUACUCUCCUGAUCACCAUCAGUCUAAGUCUGUCCAUGGGAAUCAUUACAGGGCUCCUACUCAAGUGGAACUUCUGGAGACCGCCUCAAGACAAGAAAUGUUUUGAUGACCAGGCUUUCUGGGAGUUUCCCCAUCUUGCCGUGAAGAAGUAAGAGGACGGAGAAAGAAGCGGAUCCUGGAAGAACACACAAUUUCUGGUGUUCAUUCAUGUCAGUGUACAUCAUUUCAUACAGUUUCUUACCCUCAUGAACAGUAGCUAUUAGAUGUUUUUAUGAGUGAAAGACUGGGAUACAUAAAAUAAAGAAAUCUAGCCCAGAACUGUGGAAGCAUGAAUGCAAGACUCAUUUUCUGCCGGUAUGUCUCUGUUUAAUGCUGCCAUGGUCGUCAGAAACUGACCUCAUGGUUCGGAUGUUACACAAGCAGGUGGGUGAGUGUUAUAAUACAAAUCUCCAGUACGUGUACAACAACCUAGAGUUGUCAAACCGUUGUCGACAUCAUGUCAGCAGUGUGAGCUAAUUAACCGUCAACAAUAAGUCUGGAUGACUGCAAAGCGCCAGAGCUGACGUAUUGUUAUUUCAGGAAACACACAAACACACUCUAUAUGGUUACAUUCAGUAAAUGUUUACUGUAUUAUGAAAUAUUGCCCUCAAAGAUAUUUUGUAAUAAUUUAUGAUGUUUCCACUUAAAAAGACUGUUCAAAUUAAAGGAUGCUGUAAAAUUAAAGUAUACCCAAAGGAAAAGUGGACAGUUCAGAGAUGUAAAGCUUCCAAAAUACAUUUUGUUUUACAGAAAUUAU